UGGUGUCUACACAUGAGAUAGUCGGGAAGGAGAUGACAGCCUUCUCAAGAUAAGAGUGGCCUUUGCUUUUAGAAUGUCUGAUAAAUGGAUGUAAUUCUUCCUGCACAUCAACUGGUUCUCCCACCUUCAACAAAGGAGCAGACCAUUAAUAGCUCACUUAGUUUCAUUUUCCCAAAAGCAGCGUAGGCUUGUGGAGGGGAGAUCUAGUGGAAGUUGUGUCGUGCUACUGUUUUAAGUAAAGCUGGACUGUGGUGCUGAUAAGUUGUCUUCUGGACAGCGAUUUCUUGCUCUUCAGGGAGUUUAUGUUUGGAAGGAUCUGAAGGCAGAAGCAGUGGGUCUUUCAAAGCAGUCAGUUCUAAUACGUUGGGGAAGAGAGGAGGAAUUGAUUGCUUUUUCAGACUUUAAUGGGGUUCGAGUUGCUGUUUCUUUUUCCUUUUUCUUCGUUUUAUCAUUCUUUGGCAGAGUUCCGAGGGUUCAGUUGAAAGGCCGGUUCUCUUUUUUGUUUUCGAGAUAGUCUAAGGAGUUCUUUUGGUGGACGAUCAGUUUGAAGCAGGGAUCUGUUGCAGAGUUAGUUUUCAUCUCACCUGUGACGCAGAGGCGUGUGAUUUAAGUGAGAUUAGGUGAGCUAUGGAAAAGGAGUUUUGAGGUAAUCAGAUGUUGUUUUAAGAAGGCAAAAGGGUGAGACUGCUAGAAAUGAGUACACAAAAGCUGAAGCGGAGAGUGGGGAAGUAUGAGUUAGGGAGGACUAUCGGAGAGGGAACAUUUGCAAAAGUCAAGUUUGCUAAGAACACAGAGACGGGGCAGCAUGUAGCUAUCAAAAUCCUUGAAAAAGACAAGGUUCUCAAGAACAAGCUGGUUGAACAGAUCAAAAGGGAGAUUGCUACAAUGAAGCUGAUAAAGCAUCCAAAUGUUGUCUGUCUAUACGAGGUGAUGGGAAGCAAGACCAAGAUAUUCCUUGUCCUCGAAUUUGUCACUGGGGGGGAACUGUUUGACAAAAUUGUCAAUUUUGGACGAAUGAACGAGGAUGAAGCAAGGAGGUACUUCCAGCAACUUAUCAAUGCAGUUGAUUAUUGUCACAGCAGGGGAGUAUAUCACAGAGACUUAAAGCCUGAAAAUUUACUACUUGAUGACCGGGGAAACCUCAAAGUAUCUGAUUUUGGCUUGAGUGCUCUUUCACAACAAGUCAAGGAUGAUGGGCUACUACAUACCACUUGUGGAACUCCAAAUUAUGUCGCACCAGAGGUACUAAAUGAUAGAGGUUAUGAUGGCGCAACUGCUGAUCUCUGGUCAUGUGGGGUCAUUCUCUUCGUCUUGCUUGCAGGUUACUUGCCUUUUGAUGAUUCAAAUAUUUCGACCCUCUAUAAAAAAAUUUCAACGGCAGAUUUUACCUGCCCAUCUUGGAUUUCUCUAGGCGCAAUGCAGCUGAUUAGGAAGAUUUUAGAUCCAAACCCCAUGACACGAAUUACCAUCCCUGAGAUUUUGGAGGACAAAUGGUUCAAGAAAAACUACAAGCCACCUGUAUUUCAAGAAGAAGAAAAUGUAAACUUAGAUGACGUUGAUGCUGUUUUCAAAGACUCUGAAGAAUAUCAUGUGACAGAGCAGAAGGACAUCCAGCCAUCAGUAAUAAAUGCAUUUGAGCUUAUUUCAAUGUCAAAAGGCCUUAACCUUGGAAACCUAUUUGAUGAAGAGCAGGAGUUCAAGAGGGAGACACGAUUUACAUCGCAGUGUGCUGCUAAAGAAAUUAUCACUAAAAUUGAAGAAGCUGCCAAGCCUCUUGGUUUUGAUGUUCAGAAGAAGAACUAUAAGAUGAGGCUGGAAAAUUCAAAAGCUGGAAGGAAGGGAAAUCUUAAUGUUGCUACAGAGGUGUUCCAAGUGGCCCCUUCUCUUCACAUGGUCGAGCUGCGAAAGGCUAAGGGGGAUACCCUGGAGUUCCACAAGUUCUAUAAGAACCUUUCAGCUGGCCUAAAAGACAUUGUUUGGAAAACUGAUGACGACAUGGAAAAUAACAAGCCUAACGAACGAAAUGGCAGCCACAGUAAUUGCUCUUAGUUAUUACCGGAGCUUGGAUAUAUGGACAUGAUGAGGUGAAUGCAAGAACCAUCACUGUCCAAUUUUGAAGCGCCACUUCCAGCAUACUGGUUACUGUGUAUGUGUUUGUUUGUGCCGGAUACUGACUUUGUAAUGUAGCUUGGGAAUGUUACGCUA